AUGCCACACUUCACAGGUAUGGAUCCUGCAAGCCCCCUCCACCAGAAGUCGCUGUCCAACUCCAAGUCAAUCUUACCGCCACUGAGACUGACUGCUCCAGCUGCCGAUGCCAUCCGCAUCUUGGUGUCGACAGACAAUCAUGUCGGCUACAUGGAGCGUGAUGGCGUCCGCCACGACGACAGCUGGAAAUCCUUCGACGAGGUCAUGACUCUGGCCAAGGAAAACGAUGUCGACAUGGUGCUUCUCGCAGGCGAUCUCUUCCACGAGAACAAGCCGUCUCGCAAGUCCAUGUACCAAGUCAUGCAGAGUCUCCGCGCCAACUGUCUGGGUGACAAACCUUGCGAACUGCAGAUGUUGAGUGACGGCAGCGAGCACUUUGCUGGCUCGUUCAAUCACGUCAACACCCUCGACCAAGACAUCAACGUUGGCAUUCCCGUCUUCUCCAUCCAUGGCAAUCACGACGAUCCAUCUGGAGAAGGCAACUUCGCGGCUCUUGAUAUCCUCGCCAUGUCAGGACUACUCAACUACUACGGUCGCACACCUGAGUCUGAUAACAUUGAGAUCAAGCCCGUCCUCAUCCAAAAGGGCAAGACCAAACUUGCACUCUACGGCAUGAGUAACGUCCGCGACGAACGCUUGUUUCGGACGUUCCGCGAUGGCAAAGUCAAGUUCUUCCAACCCUCUGCAGAGCACGGCGCCUGGUUCAACAUCAUGAGCGUCCACCAAAACCACCACGCCUACACCGAGACUUCGUACCUCCCUGAACAAUUCCUACCUUCAUUCAUGGAUCUGAUCAUCUGGGGUCAUGAGCACGAAUGCAAGAUCAAUCCAACAGAGAACCCAGAGAUGGGUUUCCGCGUCAUGCAGCCUGGCUCCUCCAUCGCCACUUCCCUCGUCAAGGGCGAAGCAGAGCCAAAGAAGGUCGCAAUCGUCACCGUGACCGGAACGGACUUCGAUGUCGAGCCCAUCCGUCUCAAGUCUGUGCGUCCUUUCGUCAUCAGAGAGAUCACCAUGAACAAGUUCCCAGAAAUGCAGGAGGUUGCCUUCAUCAACGACAACCGCACAAGAAUCUCUGCCUUUCUCGAGGGAAAGAUUCGCGAGCUGAUUGAGGAAGCCAAUCAGGAGUGGUACGAUGCUCAGGUAGCAGACGGCGCAGAGAUCGACGACGACCAGAUACCACCUUUGCCACUCAUUCGCCUACGAGUUGAGAGUACUCCACCUGAAGGCGGCAAGUUUGAUCUCGACAACCCACAGCGUUUCUCCAACAAGUUCACUGACGUCGUCGCCAAUGCUUCCGACGUGAUUCAGUUCCACCGCAAAAAGCGCAACGCCGCAAGAGGCAAAAAGACCAAUCUGGAGAUGCCGGAAGACGAUGUCAUGGCGCAAUUCGCAGAGUCCAUCGACAGCCUCAAAGUUGACAAGCUCGUCAAAGAGUUUCUCGGCGCGCAGUCUCUCACCAUCCUUCCGCAAAACAGCUUCACCGAUGCCGUUGAUCAGUUCGUGCACAAAGAUGACCGGGACGCCAUGUCGGAGUUUGUUGACGAGAUACUCAUGAAUCAAGUAGAUUUUCUUGGGAAGAAAGGCAAGCGCGGUAAGGAUGGUGAGGCCGAUGACGAUGAGGAGGACGACGAUGAUGAUGACGAUGACGAUGCAUUUGACGACGAUGACAUGCAGGAGCGGAUCGAGCAGUACCGGAAGAAUCAAGAAGAAGCUCAUGCUAAGGGCGAGCUUCGUCGGAAGAAGAAGAAGGGAAAGCUCAGGCCUAAGCCACCGAACUGGGAAAGCGAAGACGAUGGACAUUGGGAGGACAAUGCUCUGGCAUGGGCGGUCGACGAAGAGAAUGAGAACGGAAGAAAGAAGAAGGGCCAGGGUGAUGAGGAGGAGGAGGCGUGGGAUGUCGACGAUGAUGAGAGUGUGUUUUCAGCGCCAAAGAAGACUCCUGCUCGUGGCAGAGGUAGCCGUGGUGGCAGAGGUGGAAAGACAGCCGCUGGCAAGACUCGCAAGACUGCUGCCACGACCAAGAAAGCUCCGGCCAAGUCCACUGGCAGAGGCAAGAAGAAGCAGCAAGACAGUGACGAGGACGACGAUGAGGACAUCAUCAUGGCAGACGACAACGACGACGAUGAAGACGAGAGCCAAGGCCUCUUCGUGAGCCAGGCAAAGCCAGCAUCCUCCCGCUCUCGAGCUCAGCGUUCAGAGUCUCCCGUCAAGAAGGCUGCACCGAAGUCAACUCGCGGCAGAGGAUCCUCCGCGGCAGCUUCAUCAUCCAACCGCCAAACCCACCUCAACUUCGGCGGCACUCAGACCAACGGCUCGGCCAGAGCCACUGGCACCGGGAGGGCUGUGGCGUCCAAGUCGAAGCAAGUCAUCGACCUCAGUGACGACGAAAUCAGCGACGACGACGCCUUUGAGCCUCCUCCUGCUGCUCAGAGGAGCACGCGGACCGGCAGGCGCUGA